UUUGUGUCACUGGGAGGAAUUGUGCCCCAUCAUUGAUGUCAUUGGACCCUAUCAUUUGGGUCACUGGGAGGAAUUGUGCCCCAUCAUUGAUGUCAUUGGACCCUAUCAUUUGUGUCACUGGGAGGAAUUGUGCCCCAUCAUUGAUGUCAUUGGACCCUAUCAUUUGGGUCACUGGGAGGAAUUGUGCCCCAUCAUUGAUGUCAUUGGACCCUAUCAUUUGUGUCACUGGGAGGAAUUGUGCCCCAUCAAGUGAUGUCAUUGGACCCUAUCAUUUGUGUCACUGGGAGGAAUUGUGCCCCAUCAUUGAUGUCAUUGGAAGGAGUUGUGUCUCCUUCAUUGGUGUAAGUGGGGGGGAAUUAUACCCAAUUGGUUUCAUUUGGAGACCACGUGUCUAGACAGUGUCAUUUG